GCGUUUCUGGUCUAUAUAUUCAACCCUCCACCACUCUUCAAAACCUCCUCUUCCUUAUCUUUUCUUCCUACCCUAAAAUUUGGUCUAAUCUCUAUCCCUGUCCCUCUGCUUCUCUCUGUUUUCCUCUCAUAGCUAUCUCCCUGGUUCUGAAAACCUGUGUCUGCUUUAAAGUUCAUAGCUUUGGGCACUUCUUUUUCUCCUUAAAUGCUUAACAUGCAUAGAUAUAGAUACAGUUCUUGAUGUUUGAGCUAAAUUGAUGUCUCCUGUACUUAGUGAAAUCCUGCUCUCUGGGUUUAUGGUAAAUUCCACUCUCAGGCGUAGAACCCACCUAGUUCAAUCCUUCUCUGUCUGCUUCCUCUACUGGUUCUAUGUGUUUUCAUGAACACCAUCUCUUCAUAAAAUAGCUCUGCAUCACAACUUAUAAGUAAUUAUAUUGCUUAUUUGAGGUUUUUUCAUUUUGUUUUCAAAAUUAGCAUCUGGGUUGUUCAAAUAAUCAUUCUAGUUUUAUUAGGUAAAAGAAAAGAUUGGUUUUUGAUUCUGCUAAGCAUAUUUUCCACAUGGGUUCUUCUAGUGGGGUUUCUUCAGGGUCAAGCAUGCUUCAGAACUCAGGCUCUGAUGAAGAUCUUCAUCAGGUCAUGGACCAAAGAAAGCGCAAAAGAAUGCUAUCCAAUCGGGAAUCGGCACGUAGAUCUAGGAUGCGCAAACAGGAACAUCUGACCGAUCUGACGGCGCAAAUUGGUCUUCUGAAGAAGGAGAACCACCAAAUCAUCACAAGCAUGAAUGUGACCAACCAACUCUACAUGAACCUUGAGGCAGAGAACUCUGUUCUCAGAGCUCAGAUGGAUGAGCUCAGCAACAGACUGCAGUCUCUCAAUGAUAUCAUAGACUGCAUUAACUCAAGCAAAUGGCUUUUAGAGGCUGAAGAAGAAGACACUCAGAUUAUUGGUGGUGAUGGAUUUCUUAAUCCAUGGAGCACUCUCUGUUUGAACCAACCAAUUAUGGCUUCUGCUGACAUGUUUAUGUGUUAAUAAUCUUAAUUUGUUCAAAUCAUGGGUUAAGUGAGCUUUUCUGGUGGUGUUUUUGAGAAAUUAGUGGGUUCAAGAUGUAAGUUAGAAGCCCAUGUCAUGUGUAAAUUUGUUAUUAUAAUGAUGGAUGGGUCAUGGGUUUCAACUGUUCAACA